AACCCGUUCGCUCUCUCUGAUAGUCAAGCUCAGACGUAUAUGAUCGACCAGUUCGCCCUUUCUUUAGUUAAUGAAUUAAUAAGUUGGGAGUUUUCUGUUAAAUUGUUGAGAAUGUUCUAGUUGUGAUAUUACUGUUAUUUAUUUACUGUUUUGUAAAGGAAAAUGAUUUAAAUUAAGAGGUUACUGACUAAGAGAAAGACAGACCAGUUAAAAUGACGGCGAUCAAGAAUUUUCGUAUGCGUAUCGAUUUGGAAGAUCCGUUAUAUUAUGGAAUGAGAAAACUAAAAAUCCGUGGACGGGAUCUGAAAAAUAUUUCGGAUGCUAUAUUUCAUUUGAUGGAAUUGGAGGUGUUGGAUUUAAGUCCGGAACGAGAGUCGUGUUUGGAUUAUAAACUACCGGGAAUACCUUCUGGAAUCGGGAGACUGGUUAAUCUCCGAGUUUUGAUGGUCGAUACGAAUGAUCUGACUGACUUGCCGCCAGAAAUUGCCUUGUUACGAAACCUCGAACGCGUUGCUCUAAGCAACAACAAACUCUCCAAACUACCCAACGAAUUUGUGAAUCUUCGAAACCUAAGAAGCGUCCAUCUUGCUAAUAACGACUUUUAUGAAUUCCCAUCCCAACUUCUGAAACUGCAAGAUUUGGAAUUUCUGGAUUUGAGUGACAAUCAUAUUACAGUUUUACCCGAAAACAUCGACAACUUGAAAAAACUAGAAACGUUGCUACUUUUUAUCAACGAAUUGUCCAAAUUACCAGAAUCUCUGUGCAAACUGACUGAACUGAGGUGUCUUUGGGUUGGAAACAACAGAAUUCGACAACUUCCAAGGGGUUUCCCCAAAUUGGUUCAUCUGGAUUGGGGAUACCGUUAUACGUCAUCAGCCUUAGAUGGGAAUCCACUCUGUCAUCCACCAAUAGAAAUCUGUAGAAUGGGCCUAGAAGCCAUAGAUAGAUAUAUGACGACAUAUGAUAAAAAGAAAAAAAGUCCAAGAAAAUAAUUUUUGAAUGUCAGUGGUUUACUGUAAACAAUCAAGCACGCCGUUGGGAAUAUUAUGAUGUCUAUUAAAAUAUAUUUAUUCCCAGAGUUGGAUAUUAACCAAUUGUUAUUUAUUUCUUUCAGUUAUUUUCCUAAUGCUUUAAUCAUUGAUGCAGAAUAUAAACUCUUUUAUUCUAAUAUACUAGUGAAUGACCCAUUCCCAAACAACCAUUCGUCUUCUCUCCAAUUUCAGUAGUUGAUUUGAUAUAGGCUAAUAUGCAAUUCAAAAUACAAAUCUUUCUUUUGACGUAUUAAGAUCAACUACACUAAUCUUUGUUUCGUUUUUAAGUUUUCAUGCCACGAUAUGACCGUACCUAUUGCUCAGUGACCGGAUUUAAUACUUUGUUGAUUUGGUAUUACUCAUAGAACACAAGCCUUUGUUGCUAUUGCUUAAGAAAGGUGCUUCUUUUAAGAAAUGAGAAAUUAAUAGUACUAUUUAUUACGUUUGUUUUAAUUUCAUACUUGGCGCUGAUCAUCUAUUGAUUGUCGCAGGCCGACUGAUAUGGUAAUGUUAGACUAUUAUCUACAUGUAUUUCUGUGUUUCCACAUCUACAAGGGAGAUUUCGAUUACCGUGGUCUAGUUUCGCAAACGGCGCAGCUGGCCGGCAGCCUACACCUCAUCGGAGCCUUGACCCACCUCCACAGUCUACAGAUCAACCUGUUGAAUAACCAAUAUUGAAACUAUUGUAAGUUUUGCUUAGAAUGAGUUAUAAAUUCAGUAACUAUUUUAAAAUUAAAAUUGUACUUCUUGCCUUCAAGUUAUCCCAUUGCGAAGGCGAAGGUUCAGUGCGAUGGCAAGAAAUGGACAAGUCGAAGCUAAGAAGCGAUUCGACUAGUUAAGUUUAAAACCUUUUAUAAUAUAUAUUUUCUGAUCAUUGUAUAAGUACUUAUAGUAUAGCGUAUCGUAUUGUCUUUCAUCCUGUUAUCUAUAUGUCAAUAAAUAACCACGAUCUCCUUAUAUAAAUGUAGAUAAUAAAAGAAAUGAGUUAUUUAUUCAA